AUGUUUCGAUGCUCGGCGGCGGGGGAAUGUGCAGCAGACAAAGGGGAAAAUUUCUGUGUGUGUACAUGCUUCGAUUUGAGCAGACUGAAUUUUCUCGUGACGCAUUCUGAUUGUCUCUGUAGUGGAAGAAGGGACGUUUUUUUUUUUUUUUUACAACAGUCCCUUGGUUGGUUAGGCCCCAUCACCCAUUUUAGGUGUCCUUCUUUUCUCUUUCUUGUACUUGUGGGUUGGUUUAUUCACAUGCAUGCAACCUGUUGA